CGGCAAAAACGGUUUGAAUGAACAUUUGGUCUUUGCUCUAAAUAUCACAAGUUGAAGGGCUGAUUGCCGCUCUGGGCCUUGUGUGGUAGAAUCCUGACAGCAAUGGAAAAUCAGUGGCAGGGAGUUAUACUGUCUGAUAGCAGUUGCAGUGGCUGGUCCGUGAUAGGAUAACUAAUUUACAUCCGGUUAUUACGGAACCCCUCUGCCAAUGUCACAGCUGUCCCUAAAGAAGAAGCAGAAACUCCUUUCCUCGUACAAAAGAUUUCUUGAAUCCCUUCCAUCGACUCUAGAGCAUCGAAAAAGGAUACUACAUACUCAUUUUGGCGAGUUUCUCGUAGCAAUACCAACAAACGAAGACUUUGAAAGUAAAAUUAACGCUAUUAUAGGCAAGAUGCACCCGCAUCCAUACAUUUACCUGGCAUCGAGCAUCGGAUUCAGUAAAAUGACUUGGAAUAGAAGUGUAGAGAAAAUUUUGAACCAAUUUGAGCUGAAAAUGAAGCUGAAGUAUCCUACGUUAAAAAACUAUUCAAGAUACGAAAAGCUUAAGUAUUUGUUAAUAAGGUAUUUCGAUAAGAGAAAGGAGUUGGGCCUACAAAAUGAUCCUGCCAUCUGAGUUUGAUGUAUAUACGACGAAAAAUUUUUACCCUCUUUGACACUUGAACCGUAAUACUUUGCGUUAAACAAUUUGUUCCGUUAUGUUUUUCAUAUUUUUAUAAGCCGUUCGUGUCAUACCGAAUGCGAACAGAGCCUUCAGUAGAAGCUUUCAUUGUGCAAAUUCACUCUUUCACGUCACUAUUUGAAUGCGAUCCGUUGCAAACAACACCUGAUCUGAGUGAUUGUGCCAUUGCAUACCCGUAAUGGUACGGUGCAAGGGUUUUUGUCCGCUGUGAUGAUAAAGUGAAGUAUCUGCUUAUUUUAACUAUUACCGUAAAAACUGCGAAUUUAUUUACGAAAUAAGUAACAAAAUUUGACACGUGGUAGCAUCUCCAGCACUGAAAGAUUCCUGAUCGUUGAGCUGUUAUUUUUUUCGGUGGUCACGUGUAAAUCUUUCCAGAAUAUAUUUGUUGUGCGGAAGAAGGUAAACAAUAUUUUACUCCGCGGUAUUUUGUGCCUAUCUAAUACAAAUAAGCAGAUUUGUGUACGUGCUAGUAGAUUAAUUCACUUGCCGCAAACUUAGUGGAAAUUGUACAGUCCGCCAGUUCUGUACAGGAUCCAAGCGAUCACUCAAAGAUCGAGAAACCCUAACUCGUUGUAACGAGCGGUGAACGGUGACAUGUACCAGAGGAACGAUCCUU